AUGCCCUCAAUCAAUACUGAGCUGCAGGAGAUAAACGCGGACUCGCAGCCUACGCCGGAACAGGGUCAAGAGCGCAGUAGUUCUCCAAUAGCAUCUGACAGUCCUUCCGCUACUCCACAGCCCGGGGAUGUGGAAGGACAAAAUGCCCCAGACGGCGGCUACGUGAGUACCACACCCUUUCCUUGGAAACUCCCUUCCGUCGAGGAUCUGAGGAAGGAGUUCAGCGAGACCUAUACCCAAGCCGAGAAGGAUAGCGCGCUGGAGAAAACGGCCGAGGUCGUCAAACAAUACAGCGACGAGAUGGUGAAGCGGUGGAAGGAGGAGAUCGACACUCUUCUCGUCUACGCGGGUCUGUUCUCGGCUAUCCUGACUGCAUUUAAUGUCCAGUCGUACAUCCUCCUCCAAUCCAGUACUCCGGACCCCACCCUUGCCGUACUGCAGCAGAUCUCCCUCCAGUUGAACAGCUUCUCUGUUAACCCCCCAGGUACACUUGUCAACUCCACCCAUCCUAUCACCUCCUUCGCCCCCAUCCCGAUGGCCCUGGUCGAGACGUGGGCUGUGUGGCUGAACAGCCUGUGGUUCUCGGCGCUCAUCUGCAGUCUCGCGUCUGCGUCAGUCGGCAUCUUAGUGAAGCAAUGGUUGCACGAGUACGAGGCUGGCAUCUCGGGGACCUCGCUGGAGAUCGCACGGCUGCGGCAAUACCGGCUGAAUCACCUUGCGAAGUGGCGCGUUGCGGAGAUCAUCGCAAUUCUCCCGGUCUUACUUCAGGUCUCGCUCGCGCUCUUCUUGACCGGUCUACUCGUUCUUCUCUGGCACCUACAUCCCACGGUCGCCACCAUCACCAGUACGCUCAUCGGCGUCCUGUUGUCGUUUGCAAUGGUCACGACUGUUAUGCCGGUAUUCUGGCGGGACUGCUGCUAUCUCUCCCCUCCGACGUACGCUAUAUUCCGUGUUGUGCAUCGGAUCCAUUUCCUCGUCACCUCGCUUCGAGGGGUGUUCAGGGCACUGUAUCAUCAUUGCGGACAUCUCAGUCGCUCUGAGCGCCUACCCGGCAUCAUUCGUUCGUGGUGCAGCCACCUCAGCGAUUGGGCUUGUCACCAGGAUUGGGAUCCAGUGACAGUUCCUACAUGGCGUGGCCGAGAGCGAACCGAUAUUCAGGAGUCCUCCUCCAAACUCGACGUCGACAUGAUCAUCGAGGCCUACUCCACCACAAUGGAUGUCAAGCACCUCUCCGACGCCGCAGGAGCGAUUCUCGCAGACAAAGAUGUCGACAACAUUGCCCAAUGCUUCGACGAGAUUGAGGACAUCAGUGAGCGACACUUUGGCAAAGGUGUUGUCGCAAUACGUUCUCCCAACUUUUGGGCUGGCGUGUUGAUCCAUGCGUCGCGCAAGAAAGCUUCCGAUGCGUUGACCAGACGCCUCUACGGUUAUAGUAAUUUGUACCGUGACAACAUGAAGUCUGGACAUCACGAAAGAUUGCUCCUCGCUUUGGCUGCUACAGUGGCAAACCCCGACUCAGGGUCCGCCGCGCACAGCUGGUCGCUAUUGCUUUUGAACGAAUUGUUCACGUUCAAUCCAGCCGCUCUUGAGCUCAUGCCAUGGAAGGCGGUCCGUCACGUCGCAGCAGCAACGGAAUUACAGCUGCGUCAGCUGCUACACCCCUCGGAUGGAGAACCAGCUCCAGAGCGUGACUCGCACGUCGUCUUCCGGUCGAUGGGGAUACUGGUGCGGUGCUGUUUUGCACCGGUCCCGUCGUGGACACGGUCGCAAGAGGAGACCAAGGCGUCGAUGGCGUGCAUAUUUGGCAUUUACGUCCCUUGGGACAGGUCUCUCUGUGAUGAAUUGACGCUGCGGCUUUGGGAGGACAUACUAAGAUACGAUCCGGCCAAUCUCGAGGUCAUUCCAUGGAAGUUGGUCCGUCCCGUUGUGGCUGUGGCUGAGAUGCGGUUGCGUCAGCUACUACAUCCAUCGGAUGGCGAACCAUCUCAAGAGCCCGACUGGCAUGUCGUCUUCCGGUGGCUGUGGAUACUGGUGCGGUGCUGUUUUGCGCCGGUCUCGUCAUGGACGCGGUCGCAAGAGGAGACCAAGGCGUCGAUGGCAUGCAUAUUCGGGAUGAACUUUCUCCAUAAGGGGUCGAUCUCAAAGAUUGCUGGACAGCUGUGGUCCUCAUUCGCCAUCGGGGCCAUACUGGAGACUCUAGACAUCAUCCUGACAUAUCUGUGCGAGUCUGAGGAUGUUCGGAGAGGCGCCUCUGGUGACUUUCUCAACGCUGUAGGGGAAUUAGUCAAAUAUGUCGAGGGCGCCACCUUGUCCUAUUCUUGGUAUGAUGACGAUGUACAGGAAGCGUUGAAGAAGUUGAAGCGCAGCAUGGAGAGAUGCAAGUUUCUACGACUAGGUGUGCAAGCCGAGGAAGUGAAAGUGCAGGCUUCCCCGCUGGACACGAAGCCCGAGUCAAGCGCAAUAGGUGAACACCCCGAAGGGCACUGAGUCCGUAGU